CAAGUAGGUACCUAGACCUACCAAGCACUGGUACCUAUACCGAUUGGCGAUUACCAAUUUGAGGCGUUGGAUUUUUAAAUUCUGCUAUAUAAGUUGUAGGAUCAUUUUUGUUGUAUUAUUUUAAUUAGAAACCGCCCUUAUAAUGGUUUUCAAUGAAGAAUUACUGCUGCUUAUUAUUUUGGUUUUCAUAUGGGCAGAAUAUUUGUGGGAACUUUAUUUAUCUUUGCGGCAGCUUAAAAUCUACAAAACUAAUAACAAAAUACCAGACGAUUUAAAAGAUAUGUUGACUGAAGAUUCAUUUAAAAAAGCUCGUAUAUAUGGAAUUGAUAAAUCUCAAUUUAAAAUUGUUAAGGAAUUCUACAGUAUAGCUAUGACAACUGUGAUUCUUUACAAUAAAUGGAUCUUUACGGCAUGGCAGAAAUCUGAAAACAUUGGAGGUCUAUUCAAUAUUAGACCUGAUCAAGAAAUUAUUGUGAGUUGUAUUUUUAUGGCAUUGGUGACAUUGUUUAAUUUUGUUGUGAACAUGCCAUUCACAGUAUACGCAACAUUUGUCCUGGAAGAGAAGCAUGGAUUUAACAAGCAAACUGUAGGAUUCUUUUUAAAAGAUCAAGUAAAGUCUCUCGCACUCAGUCUAGUCAUAACAUUACCUAUUAUUUCUAUAGCCAUUUAUAUAAUAAUGCUUGGUGGAAAUAUGUUUAUUGUCUGGCUUUGGUUGUUCACCACAGUUAUAUCUCUAAUAUUGUUAACAAUUUACCCCACAGUUAUUGCACCAUUAUUUGAUAAGUUUGUACCUUUACCAGAUGGCUCCUUGAGGAAGGGAAUCGAAAAUCUGGCUUCAAAGCUAUCAUUCCCACUUUCUCAAGUAUAUAUAGUUGAGGGUUCCAAAAGGUCUGCUCAUAGCAAUGCAUAUUUCAGUGGGCUUUUUGGUGCCAAAAGAAUUGUUUUAUUUGAUACAUUACUUGAGAAACAUGAUGAAGUGAAGAAUGUUACAACUGGUUGUUCUGAAAAUGAGAUUUUGGGUGUAUUGGCUCAUGAAUUGGGUCACUGGAAGUGUAGCCAUAUUUACAAGUCAAUAGUUCUAACUGAAGUGAACUUGUUUCUCCUGUUUUCUGCAUUUGGGUUCCUCUUUAAAAAUUCCUUGUUAUACACAACUCUUGGUUUCCCAUCAGGCCAGGAACCUAUAAUUAUUGGCCUAAUAGUUGUAAUGCAAUUAAUUCUUGCUCCAUACAAUUCUAUGCUGUCAUUUUUUGCUACUGCUUUAUCAAGGAAAUUUGAAUUUGAAGCUGAUAACUUUGCAGUUGGUCUUGAUUAUGCAAAUGAGUUAAGAUCUUCCUUAAUCAAGUUAGGUAAAGAUAACUUAGACUAUCCCAUUUAUGACAAGUUAUAUUCUGCCUGGUAUCAUUCACAUCCGACACUUUUACAUAGGAUUGAAAAUAUAAGAAAACAAACUUCAAGUAGUAAGCAAGACUAGUAAUAAUUAACUACUACUAUUAACUGUAUUAAAUAUUUAGUACAAUAAUUUUAUUCAGUGUUUAUAGAUGUAAUGUCUCCAUACUACAGUACAAUGUUAUUAAUAAGAUUUACAUUUCAUAUAAUAUAUUCAGGUACACCUUUUUGUGUAAAUUUGCUUUUUGUGUACACCAAUUUUGUGUAAAUUAGUUUAAUAAUAAUAUGUAUUCUCUUAUUUGUGCAUUUAGUAAUUCUCUUUUUCUAUAAAUAAAGUAAUUUAUAUA